AUGACAUCUAUUUUCUGUGCUAUAUCAUAUAUCAAAAAUGUCUCUGGAUCUAGUAAAGUCUGCAACAGAAGUGUGGUUACUAUUGAGCAAAAUACCUCCCUUAAGAUUCAAACUACAGAAGACUAUCCGUCAAUUUAUGAUCUUCCUAUAUCACCACUCUUCGAUGCUUAUAAUAAUGUAACUGCAUUCCAAGUUACAAUGUCUGUAUUAUAUAAGUAUAAUUCUAAAGGUCGUUAUGCUAACAUAGCAGAUGCCACAAAACAUCAACCUAUAAUCUCUGUCACCGGAGACGAUGAUAAUAAAAUGAUAAAAGCUAGAAAAUUAAGAAAUGAAGAGUUAGAAAAGUUGGUAGAAAAAUUUAGUUCGCCUCCUA